AUGGCGGCGAGUCAGAGCGAACUGGACCGACAGAUUGAGCAGCUGAAGCGCUGCGAGUACCUGAAAGAGUCGGAAGUGAAGGCGCUGUGUCAGAAGGCGCGUGAGAUCCUCGUGGACGAGAGCAACGUGCAGCGCAUUGAUGCGCCCGUGACGAUUUGCGGGGAUAUUCACGGCCAGUUCUACGACCUGAAGGAGCUCUUUAAUGUGGGGGGAGAAUGCCCAGAGACCAACUACCUUUUCAUGGGCGACUUUGUCGACCGCGGCUUUUACAGUGUCGAGACAUUCCUGCUGCUACUUGCCCUUAAGGUGAGGUACCCGGACCGCAUUACGCUGAUCCGUGGCAACCACGAGAGUCGUCAGAUCACGCAGGUGUACGGGUUCUAUGACGAGUGUCUGCGCAAGUACGGCUCCGUGAACGUGUGGCGGUACUGCACGGAAAUCUUCGAUUAUUUAAGUUUGUCAGCCAUUAUCGAGGACAAGAUCUUUUGUGUGCACGGCGGUCUGUCUCCGUCAAUCAACACGCUCGACCAAAUUCGAAUCAUCGACCGGAAGCAGGAAGUUCCACAUGAUGGGGCUAUGUGCGACCUCAUGUGGUCCGACCCGGAGGACAUUGACGGCUGGGGAUUGAGUCCACGUGGUGCAGGAUACCUGUUCGGUGGCGAUGUUGUGGAAAAGUUUAACCAGACGAACGACAUUCAGUUGAUCUGCAGAGCGCAUCAGCUAGUGAUGGAAGGCCACAAAUCCAUGUUUAACAACGCGCUGGUGACGGUCUGGUCGGCACCCAACUACUGCUACCGAUGCGGCAACGUUGCCGCUAUCCUGGAACUUGAUGAGAAUUUGGAGCAGCGGUUCAAGAUUUUUGAAGCUGCACCACAAGAUGCACGUGGCGUGCCUGCAAAGAAGCCGGCUCCGGACUAUUUCUUGUAG